UCAGUCAGCUGAGGGAGGAACUCCGACAACAGAAAGUCAACCAGGAAACCGAGGCUGCUAAACUGACCCACCGCCCCGGUCUGACGACUAAACGGUGGUAUUUACUUAAGGAAUAACACGGUAUAUCAGUACAAGAUUUGUUUUUCGCGUUUAAGUUGAUACAAAGCAGCGACAUGGCUUCCCUUUUCAAGAAGAAGACUGUCGAUGACAUAAUCAAGGAACAGUCAAAGGAGUUGCGUAGCACUCAGAGACAGAUCACCAGGGACAGAGCAGCGCUGGAGAAACAAGAGAAACAAAUGGAGGCAGAGAUCAAGAAAAUGGCAAAGAGUGGUAACAAGGAGGCAUGUAAGAUCUUGGCCAAGCAGCUGGUUCAGCUGAGGAAGCAGAAAAACCGGACGUACGCUGUCAGCUCUAAGGUCACCUCCAUGUCUACGCAGACCAAGGUCAUGAACUCCCAGAUGAAGAUGGCCGGUGCCAUGUCUGCUACAGCAAAGACAAUGCAAGCAGUGAAUAAAAAGAUGGAUCCACAGAAGACCCUGAAGACCAUGCAGGACUUCCAGAAGGAGAACAUGAAGAUGGGCAUGACUGAGGACAUGAUCAAUGACACUUUGGAUGAGAUCUUUGAAGAGUCUGGCGAUGAGGAAGAAUCUCAGGACAUUGUCAACCAGGUUCUGGAUGAGAUUGGCAUUGAGAUCUCAGGAAAGAUGGUGAGAGCUCCAGCUGCAGGAAAGAGCGUCCCUGGCGCUGCCUCUUCCAAACAAGCCACCAUUUCUGAUGAUGAGAUUGAGAGACAGCUCCGAGCUCUGGGAGUGGAUUAAUUGUCCUCUUUGUAUUAAUGUUCACCUAACCAGAGCAACAUUAACAGAUAUCGAUAAAGACUCUGUCAGACAUAUUGGUUUUGUCAGGGCUCAGAUGCUACAGGUGUAAAAAAAGGUGCACACCAACAUACACACACACACACACACACACACACACACACACACAGGCACAUACACAUACGUUCUUCCACUCUUUGGCGGGUUGCCUUACAGAUCGAAAACACAAACAUCUCAUUUAUUUAUGCGAAAAUAAUAUUUAUUAUGACAUCUAAGUGGCCACAGCCUGAAGGUGAACCAAUAAUAGAUGCUAAAGAACCACCUACGAUGUUGUUUACCACCCAUCUCUGUCUUUAUAAGGGCUACAGUGUAUAUGUUAUCUUUUUUCCCAUCUGAUGUCUUGGUCAAACUUGAGUUAGUCAUAUAAUAACAAUAAUAAUAAUAAUCAGGUUUUAAUGUGACUGAAGAUAGAUGGUACACAGUGAUUUAAAAAGAGCUUAGGGGUUGUCAGGAAGCAGAUGGAACUGUAUUUUUCCUACUCACACUAUUCACCAGCUAUCUUUGUAGCCACCGGUUAAUUCAAAACCCAUCUGGUUUACUUUCUUCCUGAGGCAAACUACACUUGUUAAAACAUUCUUUGGACAAGUUUUCUGUUAUUUUGAGGGUAAAAUGCUGCUGUUUGAUUCCUCUGUCAUUCAGGGGCAUCAGAGAUAGGAGACAGUUAUUUUACCGUGUAAGUGAAAGGGAGAAAAUACAUCAUCCCAGUCAAAUACAGUCACCAAGUGGUCAACUAGAUAAUUAAUUAUCAUGUUUUAAAAUCUUGUGGGUGUGCUGCAAAAGGUUGUGAACACAUAUGCAUGUGAAAUGUGUAACUGACAUUGAUGCCUUUGGGCUACACUAAGGCCUUUAUUUUACUUGCAUGAGAUGAUGAGACAGAUUGAUCUGAGGGCAAACUGGCAAGCAUUUAAUUAGCACUGCUGAAGAUGCAAUGCUGCACAGACUGUGAGACAAAUCUAAACAAACAAAUUGGGACUAAUGAAAAUCCGACAUAUCAAAGUUUUGAAUCGAUUGUUUGAUACUACUGAGUAAUGAAAUUAGUUUUUUUUGUGGCUUCUUGGUUGAUGCUUGCUCUCUGAUUGUGUAUCUUGUAUUGGACUUGGGAUUUAUACAGUGAUUGUAGGAUGGCAGUGGUCCUGCAGUCCCUCUUCUCUCUUGGCUGCUGUGCAGUUACUGUCAUUUGUUAUUUUAAGCUGCCUCACUCACAAACAUACACACACACACACACACACACUACGGCGACAAAAAUGAUGGAAGUGUUUGCUAAAGUGACACUGUGAUCUACGAGAUGUUUUCUCUUUGUCAGAGCUGAAGUGGAUUCCUCUAUACAGUGAUUUGUUAAUGUCAGCCAGCUUCAGGCUUUGUGAGAGUGAUAAAGACAUCUGCUCACGUUAAUGUAGUCUUUGUCGUCCUCUCUGUCCGAUCUUUUGUUUCCACACUGAUUCCCAUUGCCAAAAUAGAUUAAAAAUGUUUUCAGUCUUGCAUGUAUCUGACAUGUUCAAGUCACAGUUCAUUGAAAAUCAUUCUUAUCUCGACCUUUUAACAGUCUUCUGUGAUUGUGAGUGGAAACAAGUUUUGACAUUGACUGCUAUUCCAAAUUCCCACUUUUUGAAAGAUGUAUGUAUACUCAUCUUUGUUUCCUUCUUCGUCAUUGUAAAGUGACCCUGUAAAGGAUUUAUGGCUUUUAUAAGGAAUAAAGUUUCUUCAGGUAUAAUA